AGAGACGCAGGCAGGCUGCGGUGACCCAAGCGGCCGCCCCUGCCUCAGGGACCCCUUCCCCGAGAGACGGCACCAUGACCCAGGGAAAGCUCUCCGUGGCUAACAAGGCCCCUGGGACAGAGGGGCAGCAGCAGACGAAUGGAGAGAAAAAGGAGGUUCCAUCAGUGCCCUCAGCCCCACCUUCCUAUGAGGAGGCCACCUCCGGGGAGGGGCUGAAGGCAGGGGCCUUUCCCCCAGCCCCCUCGGCUGUGCCUCUCCACCCCAGCUGGGCCUAUGUGGACCCUAGCAGCAGCUCCAGCUAUGAGAAUGGUUUCCCCACUGGAGACCAUGAGCUCUUCACCACCUUCAGUUGGGAUGACCAGAAAGUUCGCCGAGUCUUCAUCAGAAAGGUCUAUACUAUCCUGCUGAUCCAGCUGCUGGUGACUUUGGGUGUCGUGGCUCUCUUUACCUUCUGUGACCCCGUUAAGGACUAUGUCCAGGCCAACCCGGGCUGGUACUGGGCAUCCUACGCUGUGUUCUUUGCAACCUACCUGACCCUGGCCUGCUGUUCUGGACCCAGGAGGCAUUUCCCAUGGAACCUGAUUCUCCUGACCAUCUUUACCCUGUCCAUGGCCUACCUCACUGGGAUGUUGUCCAGUUACUACAACACUACAUCUGUGCUGCUGUGCCUGGGCAUCACGGCCCUCGUCUGCCUCUCAGUCACCGUCUUCAGCUUCCAGACCAAGUUUGACUUCACCUCCUGCCAGGGUGUGAUCUUCGUACUGCUCAUGACUCUUUUCUUCAGUGGACUCAUCCUGGCCAUCCUCCUGCCCUUCCAAUACGUGCCCUGGCUCCAUGCAGUGUAUGCCGUGCUGGGAGCAAGCGUGUUUACGUUGUUCCUGGCAUUUGACACCCAGUUGCUGAUGGGUAACCGACGCCACUCACUGAGCCCUGAGGAGUAUAUUUUUGGAGCCCUCAACAUUUACCUAGACAUCAUCUAUAUCUUCACCUUCUUCCUGCAGCUUUUUGGCACCAACCGGGAAUAAGGAGCCCUUCCCACCCUCUCCUGCCUUCAGAGAAUGCCCCCUUGCUGGUCCUCUGACCUUCCCUGUGCUCCUGCAAGCCCAGAUAUAAAACUAGCUGCCAGCCCAGCCUGUGGCCAGCCCGCUCACUCCUCUCAGUCUGACCCUCAUCCUCACCCUCUGCAGUUUGUUUGUACCCAUGCCAUCAGGGGCCCUGUGGAACCAAGGUCAUACCAUCCUCUCUGCUGCCCUUUCCCCCCAGUUACGUCUCCCAAACUGGGACAGUCAAGGCUGGAGGCUCCUCUGGGUUUGAGGACCCAGCAGGAGAGUGGGAGGAGCUGAACAGGAUUUCAGAUGUGGGAAAGAGACCCCAGGAAGACUAGCUGAGGUCUGCACCCCCACCAUAAUUCCUCCUAAGCCUGCCAGAGCUGUGUGACCUUAGGGCACACUGUCCUGUGUCCAGUCUGCCCCUCCUCUCUUUCCUUCCAGGUCAGGCAUUGACAGUUUGUAAGGAAGGGGUUGGGGGACAGCUGGGAGAUGAUGUGAGGGUGCUCUGCAGGUUGGGGAUGUGGGUGAACUGUAUGCCUGUCCCAGGCUGCCCUUCUCUCUCAGCUCUGGGACCAGUGGCUUGUUCUAGGCACUUGAGCCCUGGGGUCAAGGGCAACGAGAGAGGAGCAGGAAGCCAGUGCCAUCUGCACUUGCCUUGGUUUACCCUCCUGGGUCACGACAGAGCACUGUUAGGGCAGGAGGACCUGCUCCAAAGUGGGGACCUGUCCUGGGGCUCCAAGGAAGGUGGGAGCAGGGCAGCCAACUGGGAGGUCUGGGCUCUGCAGGAUCACCAGUUCCCCCAGCCCUGCAUCCACCUGAGAGGUGUUUGGGGUUGGCAGGACCAAGACCUAUAUCCUCUCACCCUCUUCCCUCAACCCCGAGGCUGCUCCCAAGGCCUGAGACUGAGUGAGUGCCUGGGCCCUAGAGGACUGGAUGUUCAGAGAGAGAGGAUUAUUCUAGCCCCAUCUGAAGGAAUCCUGCCCUGCCCCCAGCCCUUCCCUAAGGCCUUUCUGAACAUCCUAUUUUCUAAACUCUUCCCCAUCUGUUGCCAUUUGCUGGCUUAUCCCCAGCCAGGCCUCCUGAGGCCUCACUUGGCAGUGCCCAUGUCCCUUCCCCUAGCUUCUCUGGCCACUCAGCCCAGAGUCCUGAGCCCCCUCCACUCCUUAUCUCCACAUCUCUCCAAUUUGGAAGCUGGUCAGCUGAUGCUAACAGCCAGGGCCAGUCCCUCCAGCUGGUCCCAUGUGAUGAGAUCGGAUCUCCUUAUCAGCCUCCAGGCAGCUGAGAUCUCGGGCAGGGUAUGCGUCAGCCACCCAGCCCCCUGCAGGCCCUACUGGGGAGGGGACCAGGGGCCACAC